GAGCGUACCGUGUGUAUAAUGACGUGUGUGUAUAAAAUGUUUUGAUUUAAAUCGCUAGUGCUCUGACGUGCCUGCUUUAUAUUUAAAUUGUAAUUUAGUCUCUGCUUAGCUGGUGCUGCGCUCUUUUGGGGUGGGAUCACUAACUGAUUAACCUCCAGCGUCUCUCAGUGUUUUCAAUUGCGCGAGGUGAAGGCAAUGGCUGCGUACUACUAAGUGCUGCGUUGCAGGCUGUAUAUUUCAUGCUGCAUACUUCCUGCUUUGGGCUGCAUACUCCAUACGCUGCGCUGUGUGCUUCAUGCUGCAUAUUCCAUGCUUUGUGCCUCAGCGGGCGCUGCUGUUUUGUUCCUGUUUUGUUCCUGUUUUGUUCCUGUUUUGUUCCUGUUUUGUUCCUGUUUUGUUCCUGUUUUGUUCCUGUUUUGUUCCUGUUUUGUUUCUAUUUUGUUUCUACUGUUUUGUUUUCUGUGUGUGCUGAAACGCGACUGCGCGUUCUCCUUAAACAAGGCUGAAGCGGCUCUGUAUUGAGUGCCUGAAAGUUCUUUUUCUAAUUUUGUUUUCAGCAGGGUUUCCCUGUCAUGUUAAACUCUUUCUUUUCUUUGGUUGAUAUAUUAAUCAUUUAACUUUAUUUGUUUUGGUGUUCUAACUCAUUUGAUCUGAAUCUAAGUUAAUUGUUUAUUCAAUUUCUUUUCUUAUUACUUUUACUAUUAUUCAUAUUAUUUGGUUGUGAAGUCAAGGACAUUUUCUAUAAAAGUUUUUGGUUUUGUUUAUUUGAUUUGUGCAGACUCAGAGACUGGGCAUUGCAUUAUUCCCUACACAUACAUAUAUUUGAAGCUGCGUAAUGUUUUGUGACUUAAUUUAGUCUAGCAAGAAUCUUUAUUUUGUGCAAUUCAGUCUUUUGAGCUGCACUAAGUUUAUUAUUUUAUUUCUUUACUAUUUUUCUCUAAACUUUCUCUGCUUGCCGCGCUCAUUCCAGACACAGCGCUUGCAUUCAGUGCCAUUAUUGUUUAUUUUAAUACCUCUCUUUGUUUUGGCAGGAUCUGGGCGCUGGGUGCAGACGAGUGGCUCUAUUGUGGUGGUGGUGUGUCCCUCACCGUGUGUUGUGCUUCUCACUGACACCAGUCUGUGUGUGUGUGCUAUGUUCACCUGAUUGUAGUGAUUUAAUUUUGGCAUAUGAGACUGCCCCAGUUGAACAGCAGCGUGGUGCUGAUUGGUGACGAUUUCUCCGUGGUGGUAAGUUCAUUUUUCUUUUUCUUGAGAUGGAGGAAGAAUUAAAUGAGCUGCGAGAACUAGUAGCGCAAUUAAGAGCCGAUAAUGCCAGAUUGCAGCAGGCGCACGCGCCGGCCGAGCCGUCUAAUGCACCGGCCGGGCCGUCUAAUGUCGAUGCCGCUUUGCCUGUUGCUCCACCAGUCAUGCCUCAACCAUCUGGUGCUAAUGCACCAGAGCGAUUAGUUUUUGUGCCUCGGGAGCGUCGGUGCCCGAAGUUUAAUGGCAAGUCUGGCGUAAGCAUUGACGAAUGGGUCGAGGAGGCACAGGCAUGCAUGAGGGCGCGUUAUAUGGGUACAUCCGAACAGGCGUUCUUUUUAUUUGAUCACCUAGAAGGUGAGGCCCGAGAGGAGAUUCGGUAUCGUCCUGAGGCGGAGCGUGGAGAUCCGGUUAAAGUUAUUAAAGCAUUGCAGGAUCUUUAUGGGUGUUCACAGUCGUACGUCGCUUUGCAAGAGGCUUUCUUCUCUAGGAAGCAACAGGAAGGUGAGACGCUGUUAGAAUUCUCCCUUGCGCUUAUGGCUCUUUUAGAAAGGGUUAGGACUCAAGCACCCAAUGCUAUUACGGACGCAGAGACUGUAUUACGGGAUCAAUUCGUGGAACACGUCUCCGAUAGCGCGUUGCGACGUGAACUUAAGCAGCUGGUUCGUCGCCAGCCUUCUCUUACGAUAUUGGAGGUCCGUGGAGAAGCGAUUAGGUGGGAACGCGAGGGGAUGCCAGGGGGAGCGAGAGGGCGUAGCCAAUCCGUUCCAUUAGCAUACGGUCUUCAGUAUGGGGUACAUGGAGGGACCUCUGCGGCUGGGGAAAAGUCUCCGCAGCGGUCAGAGAUGCGUGAGCUGCAAGAGAUGUUACGACAGCAGCAGCAACAGCUAAAUCAGCUCGCUCAAACUGUUGCUCGUCUUCAACCUCCAAAUGUGCGUAACCGUUCGCCACGUUCUGGUCCAGUCAUAUGUAGACGGUGUCAGCGUCCAGGCCAUUUUGCUCGGGAGUGCGAUGGGGGACGUGGUUCUCCACGCCCUCCACCGCCUGUGGCUGGACCCUCUACUAGUAUGACUGGACAGUUGCGUUUCUCACGGCCGUCGGAAAACUAGCACCCGCCGGGCCGCAGAGUCACGGUUCUGGUGGGGAAGUAAUAGACUCACGUCAGGUGGGCGCACAGGGUCCGCUCUCCCAUUUGAUCUCCUCUUGUCCACAUUUAAUUGCCUCUAUAGGAGGGGUCUCAGUACCUUGUUUAGUUGACACCGGUUCAAUGGUGUCCACAAUUACAGAGAGUUGUUUCCGACAACAUUUUGAGCCUUGGGGAUGGGACCGUCUACAAGGCUGUCAGUGGUUGCAGCUUCGAGCGGCUAACAGGCUAGCGAUCCCGUAUAUCGGCUAUUUAGAAUUAGAUGUCGAACUUUGCGGCAGG